AUGUCCAAAUUAUCUUUACAAAAUGCCAUAUUAACAUACGAACAAUUAGAAACUACACCUUCAAAAAAAGAUAAUAUACCUGAAGAAUUAGAAGAUGAGCUUCGUAGAUUAGGAUGCGAUUUUAUUCAAUCUGCUGGAAUAUUAUUACGAUUACCGCAGGUAGCUAUGGCUACUGCACAAGAUAUAGGUAUGGGAGCUUUAUUCCUCGCUUCAAAAGUUUCAGAAGCACCAUGCAAAAUUCGCGAUUUAAUUAAUGUUUAUCAUUAUUUGAUAAGAAGUUAUUGUGGCAAGCCAAUGGAACCUUUGGAAUAUUUAGGACAAGAUGCAUUGGUAAUAGCUGAAAUGCAAAUACUAAAAAAAUUGGGAUUUAAUGUACAUGUACAAUUGCCAUAUGGAUUAAUGGUUAAUUAUUUAAAAGUAUUAGAGUUAACUGAUCAUGAGACUAUUCCUCAAAAAGCGUGGGGGUACCUUAAUGAUUCGUUAAGGACUAAUGUGUACGUAUGUUAUCAACCUGCCACGGUUGCUUGUGCUGUUAUAUGGUUAGCUGCAAGAAUCUCUCAAGUAAAGUUGCCAACUUCACCUCCAUGGUGGGAAUUAUUUGAAGCUGAAUUAGAAGAUAUCCUUUUUGAAUAA